GACCCCAUCUAGCGCUGGCAGGCGCUAGCCGCUUUUGAAUGUGGAGACUGAGUUACUUGAAGGCUAAAAGCCUUUGAACUCUUGUUCCUGUGAGCCCAGGGUCUCUAUCUCUCCUGCUAGGGAUUUAGGAUAAGUUUUUUGAGUGACUAUUACAUAAAAAAAAAAUUUUUUUAUUACAUAUUAGGAGCUUUUCAUAGGUUAUCUCAUUUAACUGUCAUAACCAUCUCAAGAGACAAGUCUUUUUAUCAUUUCCAUUUCAGAGAUAAGGAAACUGAUGCCCAAGAAGGCUGAGGAUCUUGCCCAAAGUUACACAGCUAGUCAGUGAAACUGAACUUGUACAAACUUUACCAUCAUUCAGGGAAAUCUCUUUGUUUGAUCUGAGAAAAGCAGUCCAUUUCAACUAGGACAAAGAAAGGAACCUGAUCUCAUUACCUCUGCCUCCAUGUAAAUUAAUUUUUUCAGCUUCGUAUUCCUCAAAAUUUUAAAGGGUCCCGCUUUUUCUCUUCAAUUUUGUGUGUGAGUCCUUGGCCAAGUCCCCAUCUCCUUUUCUCUAACUUAAAAUGAUGAAUUUGCAUGAAGCAGGCUCCAAGGGCCUUUUUUACACUGUCCAGAAACCUACAAUAGUCCUAUGUGACAGGAAUUAACACCCGUUCUUAAAAGAAGAAUAUAAACCUUAGGUCAAUGACUUGCCCAAGGUCAUACAGCGAGAGAGUGAUGUUGAGGUGUCUGGAACCUAGGACAUCCUCAGCUCAGGCAGAGGGGCCUCAAUGGGAGGGCUGUUCCCCAGCUAGACUAGUAUGCCUUCCUCCAGACCGGAGAAAAAGGGUGUUGGGUUCCAGGGAGACUCCAGCCCCAGGCUCCCCGAUGUGGGACGGCGUGAGCAGAGGCGGCUACAGCUAAAAACGGCGGGCCCCGGGACCAUGAUACCUGGAAAAUCGUCCAGCCCAACCCAGUUCCUGUACGACCUACUUUACUAUUUCUUACAGGACCCGUUUAAAGACCUUUAGACCCCACCAGACUUUUCAAAGAAUCCCGAGACAGCCCUGGAUUCGCCUACUAAUGGUGGGAUGAGCACGAGCAAAAUGGGACGCCUCUGCAGGCCUCAGUCUCCCCAUCUGUCAAAUGGGGAUCUUAGACAGCUAGAGUCCCGACGGAGAUAACGGGAGAAAACCGAUCCUCGCAUUCUGUGCGGCGCCGGGCAAACGGCCUGAGUCACCACUGCUGGUAUUUUUCCACUUCCCGGGCACCCCUCCCAGCCGGCCCAGGUUUCGGUGGGUCCUACAGGAAGCGCCCCCGCUGUGCCGGGCUCUGCACGCCCUGACCACGCCCCUUGCGCGCAGCGCCUUGGCCCCGCCCACAGCAGGAGCUGCAGAUUCGCCAGGCCUGCUCCUCAGAACUACUUUGGGCCCCUUUUUACUUGGCUGCAGAUUCUCGUCGGACUCCGAGAGGAGCUUUGGGUCGUAGCCAUUUCCCCCUGCAUCGGAAUUGGGCCGCUGUGUGAACUGUGCUAGUAAGAAAGAUCCAGAAAAAAGUGGCAGACUCUGCCAAUAGGGCUUGGCUAACCGGGCGUUAUUUUCUUGACUCCACCAAGGCGGGUGAAGGGUGGCGACGGCUGAGUCCAGGACCCGUGGCGAAUCUGCGGGCUUUUGCACCUUUGGCCGCGCGAAGAAAGGGCAAGGAAGAGGAGCAAAGGAGCGCGCAUGCUAGCUACCCAUUCGCCCCGCCCGGCUGACGAAUCUGCGUCUGUCCAACGCGCCACUCAAACCUCCUCAGCUCUGGCUGGCCUCCUCCUCUCAGUCCCGCCCCCUUUUUCUCAGGGACUAGUCGCAGCUUUCGUCACCGCCGAUUCGCCAAGGCCCCCAGGCCGGAGCAGCUGGAUAGCAGUAGUGAAACCCACUCUCCGGGGGAUGCGGCCAAUCGCCAGGCUCCCUGGGCCGCAACUCCCGAGCCUUACAGGGUGCUGGCCGAGGCGAGGCCGCUACCCUCGGCCCUGUGGAUCUCCCAGCGGCGCCCGUGGCGAAAGUGCGAAUGCAGAUUCCGUGCCCGCUGGGCCUCGCGCAGUGUAAAUGAGCAAAGAUGGAUCAGGAAGGUGGGGGAGAUGGGCAGAAGGCCCCGAGCUUCCAGUGGCGGAACUACAAGCUCAUCGUGGAUCCUGCCUUGGACCCUGCCUUGCGAAGGCCUUCUCAGAAGGUGUACCGCUAUGAUGGAGUCCACUUCAGUGUCAAUGACUCAAAGUAUAUUCCAGUUGAAGAUCUCCAAGACCCCCGUUGCCACGUCAGGUCCAAAAACAGAGACUUUUCCCUCCCAGUCCCUAAAUUUAAGCUGGAUGAGUUCUAUAUUGGACAGAUCCCACUGAAGGAAGUGACCUUUGCAAGGCUGAAUGACAACGUGCGGGAGACCUUUCUGAAGGACAUGUGCCGGAAGUAUGGCGAGGUGGAAGAGGUAGAGAUCCUUCUUCACCCCCGUACUCGCAAGCACCUGGGCCUGGCCCGCGUGCUCUUUACCAGCACUCGGGGAGCCAAGGAAACGGUCAAAAACCUCCACCUGACCUCCGUCAUGGGCAACAUCAUCCAUGCCCAGCUCGAUAUCAAAGGACAGCAACGAAUGAAGUACUAUGAACUGAUUGUUAAUGGCUCCUACACUCCCCAGACGGUGCCCACUGGGGGCAAGGCCCUAAGUGAGAAGUUCCAGGGCUCCGGUGCAGCCACUGAGACGACUGAAUCCCGCCGCCGCUCCUCCUCCGACACAGCUGCCUACCCAGCAGGCACAACUGUGGUGGGUACCCCUGGCAAUGGCACCCCUUGCUCCCAGGACACAAGCUUCUCCGGCAGCCGACAAGACACCCCAUCUUCUUUCGGCCAGUUCACCCCUCAGUCCUCCCAAGGAACCCCCUACACUUCUCGGGGCAGCACCCCCUACUCUCAGGACUCUGCCUACUCCAGCAGCACUACUUCAACCUCCUUCAAGCCCCGGCGGUCAGAGAACAGCUACCAAGAUUCCUUUUCCCGCCGUCAUUUCUCUGCCUCCUCAGCCCCCACAACCACCUCUACAGCCAUCUCAGCCACCACUGCAGCCACCUCCACGUCCUCCUCCUCGUCUUCUUCAUUGUCCUCAUCCUCCUCGUCCUCUUCCUCUUCCUCGUCUUCUCAUUUUCGUGGUUCUGACUCAAACUACCCAGCAUAUUAUGAAAGUUGGAAUCGCUAUCAACGUCAUGCGUCCUACCCACCCCGCCGGGCAACCCGGGAGGAGCCCCCUGGGGCCCCUUUUGCUGAAAACACAGCUGAGCGCUUCCCACCUUCCUACACAUCCUACUUGCCCCCUGAGCCCAGCCGGCCAACUGAUCAGGACUACAGGCCUCCUGCCUCAGAGGCUCCGCCCCCAGAACCUCCAGAACCUGGUGGAGGCGGGGAUGGUGGGGGGCCCAGCCCUGAGAGAGAAGAAGCCCGGACUUCCCCCCACCCAGCCUCACCUGCCCGUUCCGGCUCUCCAGCCCCAGAGACCACCAAUGAGAGCGUGCCCUUUGCUCAACACAGCAGCUUGGAUUCCCGCAUCGAAAUGUUGCUGAAAGAGCAGCGUUCCAAGUUUUCUUUCCUGGCCUCUGACACAGAGGAGGAGGAGGAGAACAACAGCACAGGCCCUGGGCCUAGAGACACAGGGAGUGAGGUGCCUUCUGGGUCAGGUCAUGGGCCCUGCACACCCCCUCCAGCCCCAGCUAAUUUUGAGGAUGUGGCACCUACAGGGAGUGGGGAACCAGGGGCCACCAGGGAGUCGCCGAAGGCCAACGGACAGAACCAGGCUUCUCCAUGCUCUUCUGGGGAGGACAUGGAGAUCUCCGAUGAUGACAGGGGCGGCUCACCCCCUCCGGCCCCAACACCCCCCCAGCAGCCUCCACCGCCUCCCCCUCCACCCCCUCCUCCUCCUCCAUACCUGGCUUCUCUUCCUCUUGGUUAUCCUCCCCACCAACCUGCCUACCUCCUCCCACCCCGACCUGAUGGCCCACCGCCCCCCGAGUAUCCCCCACCUCCUCCACCGCCGCCCCACAUAUAUGACUUUGUGAACUCCCUGGAGCUAAUGGAUCGACUUGGGGCUCAGUGGGGAGGGAUGCCCAUGUCCUUCCAGAUGCAAACCCAGAUGCUGACUCGGCUCCACCAGCUGCGGCAGGGCAAGGGGUUGACUACGGCCUCUGCUGGUCCCCCUGGUGGGGCCUUCGGGGAGGCCUUCUUACCAUUCGCACCCCCCCAAGAGGCAGCCUACAGCUUGCCCUAUGCUCUGUAUCCACAAGGGCAGGAAGGCCGAGGGGCAUACUCCCGGGAGGCCUACCACCUGCCUUUGCCUGUGGCAGCCGAGCCCCUGCCCUCCUCCUCAGCCUCGGGAGAAGAGGCCCGGCUGCCUCCCAGGGAGGAAGCAGAGCUGGCAGAGGGCAAGGCCCUACCGUCAGCAGGCACCGUGGGCCGUGUGCUAGCCACCCUAGUCCAAGAGAUGAAGAGCAUCAUGCAGCGUGACCUCAAUCGCAAGAUGGUGGAGAAUGUGGCCUUUGGAGCCUUUGACCAGUGGUGGGAGAGCAAGGAAGAGAAGGCCAAGCCAUUCCAGAACGCAGCCAAACAACAAGCCAAGGAAGAGGAUAAAGAGAAGACGAAGCUUAAGGAGCCAGGUCUGCUCUCCCUCGUAGACUGGGCCAAGAGUGGGGGUACCACAGGCAUCGAGGCCUUCGCCUUUGGGUCAGGGCUACGAGGGGCCCUUCGGCUGCCUUCUUUCAAGGUAAAGCGGAAAGAGCCAUCAGAAAUUUCAGAAGCCAGCGAGGAAAAACGGCCUCGACCCUCCACUCCAGCAGAGGAAGAUGAAGAUGACCCUGAGCGAGAGAAGGAUGCUGGAGAGUCAGGGCGUCCUGGAACCAAGCCCCCAAAGCGAGAUGAAGAGCGAGGCAAGACCCAGGGCAAGCACCGCAAGUCAUUCGCUCUGGACAGUGAAGGCGAGGAGGCAUCCCAGGAGUCCUCCUCAGAGAAGGACGAGGAGGAUGAUGAGGAAGAUGAAGAAGACGAAGAUCGAGAGGAAUCCGUGGAUACAACUAAGAAGGAGAUAGAGGCAUCAGAUGGCGAGGACGAGGAAAGCGAUUCGUCCUCCAAAUGUUCUCUGUAUGCUGACUCAGAUGGUGAAAAUGAUAGCCCGUCGGAUUCCGAGAGCAGCAGCUCCUCCAGCUCCUCGUCUUCUUCCUCUUCCUCAUCAUCAUCCUCGUCGUCGUCCUCCUCUUCCUCAUCUGAGUCCUCUGAAGAAGAAGAAGAAGAGCAGCCGACAACCAAACCCUCAGCCUCACCGCCCCCCAGAGAAGUCCCAGCGCCCCCACCAGUGCCUGUAGAAGAGCCCGAGCCAGAGAGAGUUGCAGGCUCCCCCGUCACACCUCUCCCUGAACAGGAGAAGUCUCCAGCAAGACCUGCAAGUUCCACUGAGGAACCACCUCCUAGUGUUCCCCAGCCUCCCCCAGAGCCACCAGCUGGGCCCCCAGCUCCCACCCCACGCCCCGAGGAGCGCCCAUCCUCUCCUAUCCCUCUCCUUCCCCCACCCAAGAAACGCCGGAAAACAGUCUCCUUCUCUGCCAUGGAGGAGGCGCCAGCCCCGGAGCCUCCCCCAGUUGCCCCACCACAGGUCAAGUCUCCUGGCCCAGUCUCUCGCAAAGCCCCCCGGGGUGUGGAGCGGACCAUUCGCAACCUGCCCCUGGACCAUGCAUCUCUGGUCAAGAGUUGGCCCGAGGAGGUGUCCAGAGGAGGUCGGAGCCGGGCUGGAAGCCGAGGCCGCUUCACCGAGGAAGAAGAGGCUGAGCCAGGAACAGAAGUGGACCUGGCAGUGCUAGCCGACCUGGCCCUGACCCCAGCCCGGCGUGGGCUGGUGGUCCCACCUACUGGCGACGACUCAGAGGCUACAGAGACAUCAGAUGAGGCAGACCGCCCAGGCCCCCCACUCAGCCACGUCCUCCUGGAGCACAACUAUGCCCUGGCCAUCAAGCCUACACCCACCACGCUGGCCCCUCGGCCCCUGGAGCCAGUUCCCGCCCCCGCAGCCCUCUUCAGCUCCCCGGCAGAUGAGGUCCUGGAGGCCCCUGAGGUGGUGGUGGCUGAGGCAGAGGAGCCAAAGCAGCAGCAGCAAGAGGGGGGUGAGGAGGAGGAUGAGGAGGAAGAGGAGGAGUCAGAGUCAUCUGAGAGCAGCAGCAGCAGCAGCAGUGAUGGGGAAGGGGCCCUCCGGCGGCGUAGCCUCCGCUCCCACACCCGGCGCCGGCGGCCACCUCCGCCCCCACCCCCCCCACCCCCGCCCACCUUCGAGCCCCGCAGUGAGUUUGAGCAGAUGACCAUCCUGUAUGACAUUUGGAACUCAGGCCUGGACUUGGAGGAUAUGGGCUACCUCCGACUCACAUACGAGCGGCUACUACAACAGACAAGUGGAGCUGACUGGCUUAAUGACACCCACUGGGUCCAUCACACAAUCACCAAUCUGAACACUCCAAAACGCAAGCGGCGGCCCCAAGAUGGGCCCCGUGAGCACCAGACAGGCUCGGCCCGCAGCGAAGGCUAUUACCCCAUCAGCAAGAAAGAAAAGGACAAGUACCUGGAUGUGUGCCCCGUCUCGGCCCGGCAGCUGGAGGGAGUGGACACUCAGGGGACUAACCGUGUGCUUUCGGAGCGCCGGUCUGAACAGCGGCGGUUGCUGAGUGCCAUUGGCACCUCGGCCGUCAUGGAUAGCGAUCUGCUGAAGCUGAACCAGCUCAAGUUCCGGAAGAAGAAGCUCCGAUUUGGCCGGAGUCGGAUCCAUGAGUGGGGUCUGUUUGCCAUGGAGCCCAUCGCAGCUGAUGAGAUGGUCAUCGAAUAUGUGGGUCAGAACAUCCGCCAGAUGGUGGCUGACAUGCGGGAGAAACGCUAUGUGCAGGAGGGCAUUGGCAGCAGUUACCUGUUCCGAGUUGACCAUGACACCAUCAUUGACGCUACCAAGUGCGGCAACUUGGCACGGUUCAUCAACCACUGCUGCACGCCUAACUGUUAUGCCAAGGUCAUCACCAUCGAGUCACAGAAGAAGAUUGUGAUUUACUCCAAGCAGCCCAUCGGCGUGGAUGAGGAGAUCACUUACGACUACAAGUUCCCGCUGGAGGACAACAAGAUCCCGUGUUUGUGCGGCACUGAGAGCUGCCGUGGCUCCCUCAACUGAGAUGGGGCAGGACUGGUGCCCACACCCCUAUUUAUUCUCCCGUGGUGCCCCGAGCACCCACAACCCCCUAGCCUUAGUGGGUUCAGCAGGGCCCACGUGCUCCCAUCUCCAAGUAUGGGGCUAGGGGGCCCCCAGGCCCAGCGAGGGAGCCUCACUCAGUCCCUUGAGGCAGCUUUGCCUCCCCUGUUGCCCCUGCCCACCCAUCCCCUAAUUUUUUUUCUUUGCGGAGAAGAAGCUGUAAAUGUUUUGUAGCUGCCAGCAGCUGUUUCCUGUGGAAACCUGGGGUGCCGGCCUGUACAGAUCUGUUCUUGGGAGGCUACACAGCCCCCGUGCUUUGUGUUAAUGGGGACUUCCCCUUUGUGCCCUGCGUGUACCCCUCCCCAGUUUAGGGGUCUCUAGGGGCAGUGGCCAUGUUCUCCCCCUGGGGGGGCCCUGCGCCCCCAGUCCUGGGGACUCCGUGCCUGGAACCCUGCCUCAUCUUCAGUUCCUGCCAGACCCUGUGGGUCACCCUCCCACCCUGGUGUCUGAGGCCCCUGGCUCAGCCAGGCCAGGGUGGUGGGGGGUGGGCCCUUCCUGUUGGGCUGGAUUGUACAUAUGUUAAUAGUGCAAACCCAAUGCCACAUUUUUAUAAUUGUGAUUA